UUCGUCUGCUAGUUUUAGAACUUUUAAAAUGUUAUAUUCUUUACAAAUUAUCUUAGCAACUCCGUUUGUAUUUGUAUUUCUGUAUCUUCUUUUUAAUUAUUUAGUUAAAGGUGAUAAUGCUGUUUGUGUGGUCGUUCUAGGAGAUAUUGGAAGGAGUCCCAGAAUUCAGUAUCACGCUGCAUCGUUCGCUAGAGAAGGCUUUAACGUAGACAUUGUUGGAUAUGCAGGAUCCACUCCUCACAAGCAAAUGCAACAUGAAAAGAUUACUUUGCAUCAUAUGCUAGAUCCACCUGUGUUUUUCAAAGUUUUACCACGGCUGUUGAAUUAUAUGGUCAAAGUAGUAUGGCAGUCAAUUUCACUCGGUUGUAUACUUCUGCUGGUUCCAAAAGCUAAAUAUAUUUUCCUACAGAAUCCCCCUGCUAUCCCUACACUUGCUGUAGCAUGGGUUGUCUGCCUUAUACGUAGUAGUUUCCUGGUCAUCGACUGGCACAAUUAUGGCUACACCAUCCUGGGACUGAGUCUUGGACCGCGCCAUCCUCUUGUAAAGUUUUCUAAUUGGUAUGAAAAAUUCUUUGGAAGAUUUGCAUAUAUCAAUUUUUGUGUGACAAAUGCCAUGCGAAAUGACUUGAGGACUAACUGGAAUAUAAGUGCAAUAACUCUUUAUGACAAGGCUCCUGAACACUUCAAGAAAACACCAGUUGAUGUGCAGCAUCAUUUAUACAAGCGGUUAUCUCAAGAACAUUCCAUAUUCACGGACAAAGUGCCGACAGACAGCACUGUGUUUACGAGAAAGGAUGUUCAUGGUCAAAUAACACACAGGGAAGACCGACCGGCUCUUAUUGUAAGCAGCACCAGUUGGACAGAGGAUGAAGAUUUUGGAAUCCUACUUGAAGCAUUAAAACUUUAUGAAAAGAAUGUGCAGACAUCCACUAUACAUUUACCAAACAUCAUAUGUGCAAUAACAGGUAAAGGCCCACAGAAAGACUACUAUGAAAAGGAGAUAGAGAAACUUAACUUCAAACAUGUGAGCUUCUGUCUGCCGUGGUUAACACCAGAAGAUUAUCCUCUUCUGUUAGGUUCAGCUGAUCUUGGGGUGUGUCUACACAAAUCUUCCAGUGGACUUGACCUACCAAUGAAAGUUGUUGAUAUGUUUGGCUGUGAACUUCCAGUUUGUGCUGUUCAUUUUGACUGUAUUUCUGAGUUGGUGAAACAUGACGUGAAUGGUUUGAUAUUUUCAAACAGCGAUGAGUUGGCAAGUCAGUUGGAGGAUUUAUUACAAGGCUUUCCGUCCAAUCGAUCCAAGCUGAAGAGAUUGCGUACAGGUGUCAAGAUGUUCCAGGAUGUCAGGUGGCAUGACCAGUGGAAAAAACUGGCUUUACCUUUAUUUACCAUGGUGGAAAAAGUGAAAAAAGAUUAACUUACAGAUCUGAUGAAAACACUCUUAAGAUGUCUAUUUUUAAUAAAACAGUCUUGAGAUA